UCCUGCUCAGGAUGCUUUGCUCGCGAAAGCGGAAAUUUCACGGCAAUCGUUUUGCAAGUGUUUCAUCGGACGACGGAGACUUAGACACGAGCCGCAUGUAUGUGUGGUCGACGCGAAAUCCAGUCAGGACCAUUGAUAAAUACCGGCUACGAAAUCAACAGACGAAUUGUUUUUGUUAUGAGGCUUCUUGGUAUCGCACGAGAAGGGAUAAACGUAUUCUGCGGCCUUAUGGAUAUUUCUGCAGGUUUAGCAAAAUCUACUUACCAAAAUAUCGUUGAGCAUUUGUACGCAGCGUCGAAGACAAUGUUUGAGAGCACCUGCGAAAAAGCCGUCAAGGAAGAAAAAGAAAGAAACGUUGAACAUGAAAGACCUGCGAAUCAUUUGAAGGUUUCGGGCGAUGGAUCGUGGAAAAAGCGCGGUUAUACUUCCUUGUACGGUGUAACAACGCUCAUCGGAUACUACAGUGGCAAAGUAAUCGAUCUCAUUGUAAAAAGUGGAUAUUGUCAUUCGUGUGCCAUGAGUAAAAAUACUUUGGACGAAGACGCAUUUGAGGAGUGGUAUGAGAAUCAUAAAGACUCAUGCUCCUCAAAUCAUGCAGGUUCGGCAGGGAAGAUGGAGGUGGAUUCCAUAAUGGAGAUAUUUUCCAGAUCCGUCGAGAAAUUCGGAGUUAUGUAUACUAAUUAUAUCGGCGAUGGCGACUCGAAAACUUCUACUAGUAUCUUAAAUAGCAAUCCUUACGGGGACGAGUGCACAGUGACUAAAAAUGAGUGUGUUGGACACGUGCAAAAGCGCAUGUGUACUCGUUUACGAAAUAAAAGAAAAACCGAGAAACUCGGAGGAAAGAAGCGGCUAACGGAGAGCGUAAUCAAGAAAUUGACAAUAUACUACGGUCUGGCAAUUCGCCGAAAUAUUGAUUCAGUGGAAGGCAUGAAGAAAGCUAUUAUAGCGACAUUAGAUCACUACUGUUCCACGGAUAAAAAUCCUCAGCAUGAAAAUUGUCCAGAAGGCGCCGAGAGUUGGUGUGAAUGGCGCAAGGCUCAAGCGGCGAAUAGUCUUGCAUCUUAUAAACAUCCGACGAGAUUAAUCGAUGAAACCGUGGAGAACCACAUUCGUCCGAUUUACGAAGAGCUCUCUAAUGACGAUUUAAUGACGCGGUGCUUAGGCGGCCACACUCAAAAUUCCAACGAAUCGUUCAAUUCGCUUGUGUGGCGCCUAAGUCCGAAACAUCUGAAUUCCGGCCAUAAAAUCGUCGAAAUUGCAGCAUAUAUAGCUGCAGGCAUUUUCAACGAGGGCUACUUUGCUGUACUCUCCACUAUGCAGCUGCUUGAUAUCAUCAUCGGUCAGCGAUGCAAAAAUUUUGCUGACGCCGUCGAUGCCGAGCGCAUAACGCGGGAGAACCGGCGCGCAUCAGUUUCUACCAAGGAGACUCGUACAGCCCGAAGAUUGGAAACCCUGAAUCAGAACGAGUUUUUUGAAGAAGAGGAAGGACUACUGUAUGGCCCAGGGAUAGCUGAGUAACCUCUAAUUACUACGCACCGCACGACCUCCAUCACCGGCACCGAUUAGCAAGUGCAGACUCCAGGCGCUCGGGCAAAAUUAUCAUAACUUGAGGAAUUUUAAUAUCUUUUUAAUAACAAAAAUUGUUUUUUAAAGCUAAAAUACAGUACAAUAUGUUCUCAAACUUA